AUUUCGACAAAAAGUUAUUUCGAACAACCAAAUUCGUUGAGUUCCCGGCAGUGUAUCAGUUGACCUCCGCCCACCGACCUCCGACUUUCAGCAGCCAGAUGGCCGGCAUUGCAUUCGGCAGUAUCGCGGCCUUUCGCCGAACCACAAACUGCAUCAGGCUGCUGCGAUUCUCCUACCACUCACGUGAUCCGUCCUUCGAGCUAGUGCAUCAACGUCGCCGUCGGCACAACAGUUCCUCGAAAUCUGGGGAAUCCGAAGAGGGUAAAAAUCCUAAUCGGGUGGGUCAGGACUUGGGUGAAGGCAAAGCACUAGGCAACAUCACUGGUGGCUUGGAGACGGCAGCAGAACCACCCGAUCAGCCGAAGACUCCCGGAGAGCGAAGCCCAGAGUGCCCCUACGAGUCGAAGCCAGAGAUCCUGCCAUUACAAGAUCAGCCUAAUCGAGCACAGCCCUCGCCUGCGGUGGUCAAGCCACCAAAUCCGCAAACCAUUGUCUGCAGUUUGGAUUCCAAAGAUCUAUCGGGAACUCCGAAAGACGUUUUAGGGAGAAAAGAUUUAGGAAAAAAGUUUUCAGAAACUAAAGACUUAUCUACCCAAAUAACCUCCACUCCUCUAAAAGACGACAAUAAUUUAGAUAACCUAUUUGCCAUUGAAUCCGAGCUCAAGUCCCUGGCAGCAAGUAUAUCCGAUUACAUCGUCGAGCCUAAUCAUCAAACCUUAUUUCCCAUUAAAUCUGAGAUCAAAUCAACGGACUUGACCUCGAAUGGAUUUAGUACGGAAGCCAGCGUUCAAUGCUCAACAAGUUCAAUAGAUCUUCCGCCUGAAAACACUUUCCUAGCUUCUUCUCAGUUAAAGUCGCAGGAUUCGAACCUUGCUAAAGCUGAAGUUAAGUCCAUAUCUGAAUCUUCUAAUUCGCAAGAAUCUCUUCCUCUGAAUAUGUCUCAAAAUUCUAUAACAUCUGAAGAUAAUAGCUCUAAGAAUCAAGUUAGUAACGACCAACCCUUAAAUCAUACGUCUGAUGAUUUCAAGCUAGGAUCGACAUCUAAAUCGCCUGGUUCAGGUGAAAGCUUCCACCUUAAGGUUACGCCCAGCCCUUUACACAUAGUACAAACUGAGAAGUCCACUCAGAUUUCCACGUUUAAUAUGCCUCAGGAGGAAGAUGUUUCUGGUAAUUCAGUGAAACUCAUCUGCAGAAAUGCAGAAUUUGGUCUGGCAUCUGACAAGGGAGAGGAGAAGAAACCAGAAAAAGUCAUUCCGAUCAAGCAUUAUCAAACCGAUAAGAAUGUGAUCAUGAAAUGGGUCGAACUACACAAAACGAAGGAACGACAAAAGGAAGAAUCUUCCAGGGAAACCGAAAGCAAUGAACGAAUUCCGGCACCAUUACCAAAACCCUAUUUUAGGAAAAUGUCCGUGAAGAAAGACAAUUCUUCGGAAUCUCAGGACAUAACUGCCAUCGAAACCAAAAGCCCAGGAGAAACUCCUGCGCCAUUGCCAAAACCAUAUUUUAGAAAAAUGUCAAUAAAGAAAGAGAAUACAUUGGUUUCUAAGGACACGACAUCAACGCUCCAAGGACAAAGCCCAGAAGGAACUACGGCCCCUUUACCAAAACCAUACUUUAGAGUGUCGGCGUCUAAAAACACAAUGUCGGAGAAGAAAGGCAAUGCAUUGGUUUCUAAGGACACGACAUCCUCACCUUCUGGUAAAGACAUCACCAAAACAGCCAAAAUCAGCCCGAAACUGCAGUUGCCAAUUAAAAUCGUGGCCAAGAAUGAAGCUCCAACCGAAUUUAGGAAAACAAUGAAUUCAAUACCAUCUACUGAACUGAAGUCUACGAAGAAUACUAAGGAGGAUACCACCAGCCAAGCAACUAUGCCCAUUAAGCUAACCCCGAGUAAGCCUCUUGUAGGUAAAAGUUUAGAUUCUAAUACUUGGAAAUCUUCAUUAGGCGAUUCCAAUAUAUCAAACGCAAUGGUCAAUUCUGAAAAACAGAAUGUCGUGGCCAUAGGUCAGCAAAAAACUAAAAGUCAGACCACCGAGGAAAUAGUAGCAAUGUUUAAGGAGGAAAACGAUACUAAUCAGACUAAAAGUGAAGAAGGUAAAGUCAGAGAAUUAUUCGAGUCACUCGAAAAGUUUAAUAAUCCUUCGAGUUCAUGGUGGACUCAUCCUGAAAUAUUUACAGCCCCAAAGGAAAGUAAAACAGAUCCUUUCACCACUGUUUCAUCCGCGUCUGAUAAGAAAGGAGAUGAAAAACCACACUCAGGAAAGAAGGCCGAUGAUCACUUUUCAAAACUUGGCCACUUGGACUCAACCGUCACAGACGAAGAAGCAAUAGUUAAGAACAAGGAAGUCAAAGCCAAAGAAAGCUUCGCCAGUCUAGGUAACUUGGAUUCUACAAUACGAGAAGAAAGCAGUGAGAAGGCUAAGAAAAAUAACGAUUAUAAAGAUACAGAAAUAAAGAAUGAAAGCAAAGAUAAGCAGGAGGGUAAAGGUGAGGAUGAUAAGAAUGUUGAACGGAAAAGGUUUAAUCUGGCUCAGAAGGUCUCGACCUUCAUGAAGUCCGCUGAGGAAGAUGGUAACAGAACCAAUGCCACCCAAAAAUCACAAAGAGUGAACAAAACCAAGUCAGAGGCCAAAAGUAAACUGGCAACAACUUCUGAGCUAACACCAAGCGAUCUCUAUGAUCCAAUUACCCAAGAAAUCUCUUCACCGGCCGGGCUAGAAACAGGCAAAACUGAUAUGGAGGAAGCCGAGGAAUCCAGUCCAAGCCUAGAAGCUCCAGAGGUCAAGCCUAAAAAGGAGGAAGUCAAAGCCAAGGCACCCACGGCAUUGGAUGAAACCAAAACGAAAGUUGAGGAAAAGGUUCCGGUCAAGGAACCUGACUUAAAGAAAGAAAGGCCAAAGCUGGACGAUGGGGAACUGUCUCUGAAGCUCCUGGAUAAAGUUACGGGAGAAACGCCAGCGGUGCAAAUACCAGCGGAGUCCAAACCGCCAGCCGAAAAGAGCCUCAUCCAACACUUCUUCGACAAGAUCUUUGGCAGAGACAAGAGCACCGAAGGCAAAAGCACUGAAGGCAAACGGAAAAUGUCCUCCUAUACAGGUCGUCGCCACCUGAGCACCAGCUCCCUGGCUGCUUUUUCGACGAGAGGAUCCAUACUUAAGAAUAAUAAUAAACCUAAGGUAUCCAAGAGUUGGGAGAGGACCUUCCUCAGGCGAAGAUCACCUUACAAUCUCUCCAUUGCCACUUGCCUUAUAGAAGCCGUCCUGGAACCUUCCAAGUUUGAACUGUUCGCUAAAAAUGAUGACACCGAGAUAAAAGGAGGCUCGCCCGAAUGCUGUUCACCCAAAAAGACGCCGCGGGAGCUUCUUAGGGAGGGCGGAUCCGAGGAGUGUGCCCAGAAGAUGAAGCGGCUUAACGCCAAGGAUAAUCUGACGGCGGUACUGUAUGGCAAGGAGGACUUGCGAUUGGAACAACGCCCAAUUCCAGAGAUUGCUGAUGAUGAGGUCCUUCUGGCCAUGGACAGCGUUGGCAUUUGUGGUUCAGAUGUCCACUACCUGGUCCACGGAAGAAUCGGUGACUUCGUGCUCACCAAGCCGAUGGUGAUUGGCCAUGAAUCCGCUGGCGUGGUAACAAAAUUGGGCAAGAAGGUAACCAACCUGAAGAUUGGCGAUCGUGUGGCCAUCGAACCGGGUGUACCCUGCCGUUACUGCGAUCACUGCAAGCAGGGCAGGUACAACCUGUGCCCCGGAAUGGUCUUCUGUGCCACGCCCCCUUAUGAUGGCAACCUCACCCGCUACUACAAACAUCCGGCAGACUUCUGCUUCAAGCUGCCCGACCACGUCUCCAUGGAGGAGGGAGCCUUGCUCGAACCUCUUUCUGUGGGCGUGCAUGCCUGCAAGCGGGCAGAGGUAACCCUGGGCUCUAAGGUUCUCAUCCUGGGAGCAGGUCCCAUCGGACUGGUCACUCUGAUGGCUGCUCAAGCCAUGGGUGCCUCUGAGAUCCUGAUCACAGAUCUGCUGCAGCAGCGCCUGAAUGUGGCCAAGGAGCUGGGUGCUACACACACGCUUCUUCUGAAGCAGGAACAGAACGCCGAAGAGACGGCGGAGCUAGUCAAAAAAACCUUGGGCGUUCAGCCAGACAAGUCGAUCGAUUGCUGUGGUGCGGAGAGCAGCGCCCGCCUGGCCAUCUUUGCUACAAAAUCCGGUGGAAUCGUGGUAGUGGUGGGCAUGGGAGCUGCUGAAGUCAAGCUGCCUCUGAUCAACGCCCUGACCCGUGAAUUGGAUAUUCGAGGAGUUUUCCGCUACUGCAACGACUAUGCUGCUGCUCUGGCAUUGGUGGCCUCUGGAAAAGUUAAUGUGAAGCGACUGGUGACACACCAUUUCGACAUCAAGGAGACUGCAAAGGCGUUCGAGACCUCUCGCAAGGGACUGGGUGGCGCCAUUAAGGUCAUGAUCCACGUGCAGCCCAGGGACACCAAUAAUCCUUGCAAAUUCUAAGCACUUUGUACUACAUAAGCGAUCUAAAUAUAGCAUAGGAAACACAGUA